GUUGAAACCAUUGUGCCCGCGUAAUAGCAACUUUUGCAAAGUGUAGGAAUACUUUUUAUUUUGUUGUUCAAAAUGAGAUUCACCUUUUGGGUGUUUCUGGGAAUUUUACACUACGUUUCUUCAUUUCAAUUCAAGGAUGCCAACUCCCCAGGGGUACACUUCGACGACCUAAUUUCAUCAGGACAACCAGUAACAGUAGAUGAGGAUAAUGACGGUGCACGUGUGGUUGCUGUUUUAGUAACUGAUGUUAAAGACGUACUUCAAAUAAACGAUUUUGAUCAAGAGAAAAAACUAAACGCCAAAGUUGAGCCCAGAGCCAAUCCUAAUGAAUACAGUAUUACGAUAAACCGGCUGGAUUAUGAAAAAUUAAGCUCUACUUACCUUUUUCCUUUGGACAUUACGGAUGGUGAAGAUCCAAACACUCGUCAAACCUUGCUCGUUAUUAUCAAAAAUUUGGACGACGAAAGCCCUACUUUAACAACCUCUAAUUGCGAGAUGGAGGAAAUGAAAGAAUACACAGUUGAUAAUUCGAAGUGUGUUUUCCAAGUUAGUGAUCCUGAUGGAUUUUUAAUCCAAAUGAAUUUUGAAAAUAUUGUAGGCACAAGAGGUGAAAAAGACUUAUUCGAAUUUGAAUAUAAAGAUGAUCCUUCUGACACUACUACGACAAGCGACGUUUAUUUAAUUUUGAAAGAAGGAGUGACUCUAGACUACGACAAUGCAAUUUUAUAUUCAUUUCACGUGGAAGCAAAGGACGGUGCUGGUCACGAGACUACUCCUGUAAAAAGUGUUCCCAUUAUAGUCCAAGUGAAAGACAUGCCUAAUAAACCACCAGUUUGGGAUAAGUUUCAGUCUGCCCUAACAAUACCAGAAAAGCAGCUUUAUACGACACAAGUAUCAGCACGAGAUGGCGACUAUGGAAUAAAUAAUAACAUAAGUUAUAGUAUUGAUGAUCCCAGUGGUUAUGUCAAGAUUGACUCUAAGAAUGGAACUAUUACUAUAGACCCAAUUGACAGAGAUGCAGGAAACGACCAAAUCACCAUUCAAGUAACAGCUACCGAAGUAGAAGAUCCAGACUCAAAAACAUCUGACCAGAUUUUGUUGCUUAUUGAAGAUAUUGAUGACAACAUUCCAAAAAUUUAUAUUGACGAUACAGACGACAAAAAAAAUUUAGAAUUAACAAUAGAUGAAGGCUCCAAUGAUAUAGAUACAAAAAUAUCAGUAUCUGAUAUAGACCUUGGAGAGAAUGCUAUAUACACUGUAGAACUCACUUCAGAUAAUGCAGAUUUUUUAACGGCAUUUGCUAUAAUUCCUGGACGAGGAUAUGAAAAUACAACACUUACUCUGACUAUUUUAGACUCAAAAAAAUUAGAUUUUGAGCAACCCGAUUGGCGAAAAAUUAUGAUGGAGUUGCACACUAAAGGUACCAAAAACGCAUCAAUGGCUGAUAUGAUACCAAUUACAAUAAAUUUAAAUGACAUCAAUGAUGAAACACCUCAAUUUGGAGAUGUUAGUGUUGUCAAAGUCCGGGAAGACGUACCAUCUGGUUAUGUGAUAGCUUCAAUACAAGCAACAGAUGCAGAUGCUGAAGAUAUAGAAGCUGGUUUAAAGCACGAAUUAUUGGGAACUUUGGCAAAUAACAUUUUAACAAUCGAAGCAUUAGGUGGCAAUAUUACCACUAAAGUAGAAGAUGCUUUCGACUAUGAAAAGCAAAACGAGGUUUACAUUCAGAUCAUGGCCACAGAUUUAGCAAACCAUACAGCUACUACUCAAUUAACCAUCCAAGUACAAGACGUAAAUGACGAAAAUCCAAAACUAGUUGUUUCGUCAUCAAUCGAAAUUGGCGAAAAUCAAGACGAUGGUACCGAAUUAAAAGCUACUAUUACUGCCUCUGAUGAGGACACGACUGCAGACUUAGAAUUUUCAAUUGAUUGGAGUCAGUCUUACGCGACUAAGAACUCUCGAAGAAUAAAAGAUGAGGAUUUCGCGAAAUAUCAUUGUAUUAACGUCGAAACUGUUGCUGGUGCAACAAACCAUGCGGCCUCCGCCAAAUUAACUAUCAACGAAACUCAAAAAAAAAACACUCCAGAUUAUGAAUUAUUUGAUAGUUUGUAUAUUUACUUGAAGGUUAUUGAUAAAAACACCGAGAAGAAUGAAGGUUUUGAUUUUGCAUUAAUUGCCAUAACCAUCGGAGAUAAAAACGAUAAUAGUCCAGAAUUUUCAAAUAAUGCUGAUGAUAAAAGACAAGUCACUGAAAAUUCAGGAACAGGAACUGUUAUUGGUAGUAUAACAGCCACUGAUAAAGAUGUUGGAGACAAUAUCACAUAUUCUAUACAGCCCGUUGACGACAAAACACCCAACUGGGUUGCAGUUGACGAGAUCACGGGUAGUCUAUUUGUCAAUUUGGAAGAUAACGAUGUUAUUGAUUCGGACAAACCGGAAGGCAUUUUCACGUAUAAUGUUACUUAUACCAUCACAGCAAGUGAUGGCGUCCAUAAUACUUCUAUCGAUAUCACCAUCGAUAUAAAAGACCAAAAUGACUUGUCACCUCAAUUAGGUAAUCAGGAGAAAGAAAUAUCUGAAGAUAAUGGGCUUGAUGAUAACAGUGAACAAAACGGAGCUUUGGUGCUUGAGUUAGACCCAAAAGAUGGUGACAGAGACGAACCAUUCCAUACCGUGAAGUGUUCAUUUUCAUCUACUACCAGUACUGAUGUAACAAACAGAUUCAAAAUUGACGACCAGAAUAGAAUUACAGUUAACUUAUCAGCAGGAGCUACCUUAGAUAGAGAGACAAAUCCAGAGUUUACAUUUGAUCUUAGGUGUAUUGACGAUCCUACUGAACAAGGACCAAUCUCAAACCCCGUAGAUCCACCACCAAAAAUAACGAUAAAAUUAAAAGAUGUUAAUGAUAAUUACCCAACUGUAAUCACUACAAGUUUACCAAAACUUACAGAAAACACUAAACAAGGUCCACUUAGCACACAACUUCAGGGAGAAGAUAAGGAUGAAGGUGAUAACGGAAAAAUGACAUUUUUAAUUGCAUCCAUUGAACGGUGUCAGGAUGAAGCACUAAAAAAUUGCGAAAGCGCUUCUGAUACUCUAUUUGAUAUAGAAACAUCUGACACUCAGACGGAAGCUACCCUUAUUUUAAACGAAGAGGAUUUGAGGGACAAUUAUGGUUAUCUCAAAUUUACAAUUAAUACGACAGAUUUAGGAGAACCUCCUUUGUCUAGUGUCUCAACCGUUUCAGUAGAAGUGUCAAAAUUCAAUUUUGAGGAACCUAAAUUUACAUUCCCUGCAGAUGGAGCUACUUAUUACUUAAAAACGACCCAAAACAAAGACUCAUCAUUGAAAAUGUGGAACGACGACGUUUUAGACAAUUUUGUGGCUACUGAUCAACAAAAAGAUAAAUACGCAAUUUUAUUCAAAAUCGUUGAGGAUAGCAGCGGAGAAAAUCUCUUUAAAGUCUCUAAUCGCGGUGGCUCUCAAGCACAACUCCAAAUGAGCACAAGUAGUUUUACGGCUAAACCUUACACGAUAACUGUUAUGGCUUAUUUAGAUGCUGAUGAAAGUCAAAUGGCUCCAGGAGAAAAACCAUAUUCGAAAAAUUGUACUUUCCAUAUUGAUUUCUUUGAUAAAGAUAAAACAGAUCCUGUUUUUACCAAUCAUAAAGAUUCUACUGAGUUUGAAGAAAAUUCGUUAGAACCUCAGUAUCAAGUCGAAAAUGCGACAUAUCCAGAUGUGGAUAUUUCUGGUUUAGACAUUUUCUAUUUGUUGCGUGAGGGCAAUGACAGCAUUUUUGAUGUAGACAUAAAGAAAGGACUUGUAACACUUAAGACGACACUUGACUUCGAAGAAGUGAAAAGUUACACGUUGGUGAUACAAUCGUCAAAUAAAGACACUAUUAAUUCCAAUGCCAUCGAAGAGACGAAGUUUCAUCUUACGAUAAAUGUCAAAGAUGUGAAUGAUAACCCACCAGUGUUUGACCAAAAAGAGUAUAUUUCAAUUCUUACUUCAGGUACAGGUAUCGUCCUUACAAUUUCUGCCACCGAUAUUGAUACAACUAGUCAAGGAAAGCUAAUAUACGCCAUAGAUUCAAUAGAAUCGCAUUCGUCAGGUGUAUCAAAUAGCACAGUUAAGGAUUAUUUCAAAAUUGAAGACCCAAAAAGCGGUGUUAUCAAACACAAUUUUCAAGUUAGUGACAGCAUGGAUGGAUAUUUUACAUUGUACCUCAGUGUUCAUGAUGAAGAUCCAACUUAUCUAGACAAAGCUACUGCUCAAAUCUACUUGGUAACUUCCAAACACACCGUAAAUUUCAAAUUUGAAAACAAACAAGAAGUUGUACAAAAUGCCACCGGUUCAAUAAAAUCUAUACUGGAAGCGCAAUUUAACUACUCCACAACCGUUGAAGACCCAAAAAAAGACUCAGAAGCUGACGAAAACAAGGAUCAAACAAUCGUUCCUGUUUUCUUCCUCGAUACUAAAUCACACGAACCAAAAGAAGCAACAGAAAUAUUAAAACAAGUCACGAAAGUGGACAAAUUCCAAUCCCUGAAAGAAGAAUUUUUAAAAGUGGGUUUGCUUCUGAUGAGCUUUUCUUCAGACUCGGACACUACUGAAAACUUGGAAGAGACAUUGAAAGCGUGGCUUAUCGGAGUAUCGGUAGUAUUAGGAUCACUUUGUCUUAUUCUUCUGAUUGCGUUUAUUUUGAGGACAAGAGCUCUCAGUCAACGGAUACAAAAACUAUCCAGCACGAAAUUUGGGUCUCAGGAAUCAGGACUUAAUAGGGUUGGGCUAGCAGCCCCGACAACAAAUAAACAUGCAAUUGAAGGGUCAAAUCCGGUUUACAACAAUGAUGUUGACACUAAAGAAGUGGACCGAAGAAGUGUCACGAGCGGAGAUUCAGAUCUAAUAGGUGUAGAAGAUGAUGAUAAAUUUAAUUAUGAUAACACCAAUAAAGAAGCACUUGACUAGCAGUCUCAAGCGGUAUUAUGAUAUUUAUUUUAACAUAAGAUUAUAAAGAUAAUGAAUGCUACUAGUUUUAUGACUGUAUAAUGAAAAUGUAUAUAUUUUUUAAAUAAAAUUAGUGUAAAAUUA